CACGGUAUCGUAUUAUCAUUGGGUAUCGUGCUCAGCCCACGCAUCAUACUUAUAUACCUUUCUGUGCAGUACAAAGGAACAAAGGCUAAAGCGUUAGACAACAUAAUAACCGCGACAACAAAGGGCAUCGGAAUGCCACUUUAACAUGAAGUAUUGGAAUGACGAAUGGGGCAAGGAUGGGGGUUCUGGCAAGCCGGUCAAGAGAGGCUGAAUAUGAUACGGAGGAGCGGUCCUGGUCCUGGCCCGAUAGACGACAAAUGUGCACCUGGGCAUUCUUCCACCAGAUCCAGGAUAUCGCAUAAGAUUGACGCGGACUUCAAGACUACAUAAUACCGUAUUUUUCAUUCAGAGAACUGACGCGGUUUCAGCCAGGCACGAGGAUGAUGAGUCAUUUUUACCUUCGUGACAGUGACAGUCGGGAAAAUCGGGAGUGACGUAGUGACAGAGCGGAUGUUUUGCUCACCUCGUCCAACUGAACCCACUUAUGAACUAGAAUGCCUCGCCUUCGUGUCCUCGCUGGGUCAUCAUUAGACUCUCUUGAAACUCUCUAUGCGAACACUGGGCAAUUGUUUGAGGUCAAUUCCGAUGCGUUCGAAGGGAGGAUUGCUGUUUUCUUGAAGGAUUUCGUAAAUGAGAAUGGGCAGAAGACAAGAUCGCACUGGUCCAUUCAAAUUCUUAAAGCCCGUCUCAGCGAACGAUGUCUUGUUGGAAACGUGUUUGAUCGCAAGCUUCCUCUACCUUACGGCUCAGGCGUGGCAUUGAAAUUCAUCCAGUAUAUAGACCCGAGUUUAGAUCAUGACCUCUAUUCAGACAAGCCGUGGGCACUAUCGCCCUUAGUGACGACGAUGCCCUUUAUGGCUCAUUCAGAGUGGCCGAAAGCUAGUAACAAACCAUCGAGGGCAAGCCCGAUCAAUGAAGAUAAAGCAGAGUCGUAUUUCGCAAACCCAGAGCAUAGGAAAGCUCUCACGUUCGGUCCAGACGAUUUGAUUGAAGCGGACUUCUGUCAAGGAUACUUAUCCUUUGAGAGCGGAUUGGCUUUGAGCUUCCCCGGAGGCAUUCACUUUGACUUAAUGAGUCACUGGGAUGGGAGGCCAGGUCCCGGAAAGGUAUUCUGGUGUGUAUCAUUUGAGAUAGCCGAGGAGUAUAAAGGGGAAGAGACAAAGGAUGAAAAAAGCGCUGGCGACUUAGGAGACAUCUCCGGGGACGUAGAUUAG